AUGACUGCACCCUCUGUGAUGCUUCUGCUGCAGAAAGAAGGAAUCUGGCUCGUCGACCUCUUCGCUCCUUGGUGCGGACACUGCAAACGUUUGGCACCCGAGUGGGACAGAGCUGCUGCACUUGCGGUUGGCAAGAUGCCGAUCCUCGACUCGAAACACUCCAAAGUCUGUGACAAGUAUGUAGCUAGCUGGGAUGCUUGCUGUGCUGAUGAAAGAACGCGAAGGUACGAAGUCGACGGCUACCCGAGUCUUCGCGUCCUCUCUUCCGACGGCAAGGUUUUGAAACCGUUCCGAGGAGGAAGGACUGCAGAUGCCCUCGUUGAGUACGCCCGCAAGCUUUCAAGUCCAGCGACUGUGAAGCUCAACACAGCCAAGGAGGUCAAGGAAUUCAUCGAGAAGAACACCGCCUCUUUCAUUCUGUUCGAGCCUGAGAAUGUCGAAGGGGAGGAGGCCUCCAUGUUCAAGCAAGAGUUCCUCAAGGCUGCCACCAUGCAGUCGGAUGUCGCCAGCAUCGCAGUCGCACCAGAGUACACAGGAGAUGACUUGGAGUUCCGAAUCAUGCUGGACGGACGGACAGUGCAGGAGGAUGUCGGUCUCGGAGGAAAGCUCGUUGUCUUCAGAGAGAAAGAGGCGAAGUGCCUCUCCUCCUCCAUCAACAGGACGGCGGAGGCUCUCAGCCACUGGAUCGAUGGGCACAGGUUCCCGAUGCUGUCCAAGGUGGACGCAUCCAACUACAGAGCCCUGGGGGAGAGGAACAAGCCGCUUGUGAUCGCUGUGCUGCGGGGGAAGGCGAGGCCCGCGGGCCAGGAAGGGCAAGCUGAAGGAGAGGAGGACGACUCGUUUGAGAGUAUCCCCAUCAACAUCGAGUUCCUGCAGACUGUGCGGGGGCUCGCGCGAGAGUUGGAGGAUGACUUCGGGUUCGGGUACCUCAACGGGAAGCAGUGGGAGCAGUUUGUGGUGAAGUUCGGCAUCAGCACAAGGGUGCUGCCUCGCCUCCUCAUCAUCGACGUGCAGAAGGAACACUUCCUGCCUGUCCCCGUCGAUGUCAAGGGGCAUCACGGAUUCUCUGAGUACCUUGGGAAGGUGAAGAGCGGAGAGAUCAAGAUGUCGAGGAACUUCAAGACCAUGGUGAAAGAGUUCGUCAAAGAGAACAAGACUCUUCUCAUGCAGGGCGGAGGAGUGCUGGGAGUCUUGAUCGUCCUGGUGGUCGUGGUGUGGAGCAUCAUGAGCUCUAGAGGGAAGAAGAAGGAGGAAUGA